CCGCCCCCCGGCCGCGGCCCGAGUCCGCGGGAGGAAGAUGGCGGCGCUCAUUCCUCUCAGCCAGCAGCUUUCCACUGGGAAUCCAUUGUAUGAGACAUACUACAAACAAGUAGAUCCCACAUACACAGGGAGAGUUGGGGCUAGUGAAGCAGCUCUAUUUCUUAAAAAGUCAGGUCUCUCGGACAUCAUCCUUGGGAAAAUAUGGGAUUUGGCUGACCCAGAGGGUAAAGGAUACUUGGAUAAACAGGGUUUCUUUGUUGCGUUGCGACUCGUAGCAUGUGCACAGAAUGGCCAUGAUGUUACCUUGAGCAAUCUAACUUUGACUGUGCCACUUCCUAAAUUUCAUGAAAGUGGUAGCCCCUUAUUGAUCACUCCUCCUUCAACAGAAAGUCACUGGGCUGUUAGGGUGGAAGAAAAAGCAAAGUUUGAUGGUAUUUUUGAAAGCCUUUUGCCAGUAAAUGGCUUACUUUCAGGAGACAAAGUAAAACCAGUACUGAUGAACUCAAAACUACCUCUUGAUAUCCUAGGAAGGGUCUGGGAUCUCAGUGAUAUUGAUAAAGAUGGACACCUGGAUAAAGAUGAAUUUGCUGUGGCAAUGCAUUUGGUUUAUAGAGCUCUUGAGAAAGAGCCAGUUCCUUCAGUAUUACCCCCAUCACUUAUUCCACCUUCCAAAAGAAAGAAGGCACCUGCUUUUCCUGGUGCAGUUCCUGUUCUCCCUGCAAGCCCUCCACCUAAAGACAGCCUUCGUUCUACUCCAUCACAUGGCAGUGUAAACAGCCUAAAUAGUACCGGGAGUUUGUCUCCCAAACACAGCAUCAAACAAGCACAGCCAUCUUUGAAUUGGGUGGUACCAAUGUCUGACAAAAUGCGAUAUGAUGAAAUCUUCUUAAAAACUGAUAUGGACAUGGAUGGUUAUGUGAGUGGUCAAGAAGUGAAGGAUAUUUUUAUGCACUCAGGACUUUCUCAGAAUCUCUUGGCACACAUAUGGGCCUUGGCAGACACAAGACAGAUGGGAAAGCUAAGCAAAGAUCAGUUUGCCUUAGCCAUGUAUCUCAUUCAACAGAAGGUCAGUAAAGGGAUUGAUCCUCCACAAGUGUUGUCCCCAGAUAUGAUCCCUCCUACAGAGAGGAGUACUCCCAUACAAGAUAGCUCAAGUUCUGUUGGGUCAGGAGAAUUUACAGGAGUAAAAGAACUUGAUGAUAUUAGUCAAGAGAUAGCACAGCUACAAAGAGAAAAAUAUUCACUAGAGCAGGAUAUUAGAGAAAAGGAGGAAUCAAUUAGACAGAAAACCUGUGAAGUUCAGGAACUGCAAAAUGAUUUAGAUAGAGAAACAAGUAAUUUGCAAGAGUUAGAAGCUCAGAAACAAGAUGCUCAAGAUCGCCUGGAUGAAAUGGACCAGCAGAAAGCCAAACUGAAAGAUAUGCUAAAUGAUGUGAAGCAGAAGUGCCAAGAAGAAACGCAAAUGAUUUCAUCACUGAAAAUGCAGAUUCAGUCUCAGGAAUCAGAUUUAAAAUCACAGGAAGAUGAUCUAAAUAGAGCAAAAACAGAGUUGAAUCGCCUCCAGCAAGAAGAAACACAGCUAGAGCAGAGCAUCCAGGCAGGAAAAGUUCAACUUGAAACAAUAAUUAAAUCUUUGAAGUCAACACAAGAAGAAAUCAAUCAGGCAAGAAGUAAGCUUUCUCAACUUCAAGAGAGUCACCAAGAAGUCAAUAAAAGUAUCGAACAAUAUAAUGAAGCUCUGAAUGGGAUUCAUGGUGGAAGCAUGACAAAUUUAGCAGACAUAAAUGAAGGAAUUGCACAGAGAGAAAGAGGCAGUUUUGGAGCUAUGGAUGAUCCAUUCAAAAAUAAAGCCUUGUUGUUCAGUAAUAACACACAAGAAUUGCAUUCAGAUCCAUUCCAGUCAGAAGAUCCUUUCAGAUCUGAUCCAUUUAAAGGAGCUGACCCUUUCAAAGACAGUGAUCCAUUUCAUAAUGAUCCUUUUGCAGAACAGCCACCUGCUUCAGCAGAUCCAUUUGGAGAGGAUCCAUUUAAGGAAAGUGACCCAUUUCGUAGUUCAGCCCCUGAUGAUUUUUUUAAGAAACAGGUGAAGAGUGAUCCAUUUACAUCUGAUCCGUUCACAAAACAUCCCACAACGCUCUCGAAGCCUGAUCCUUUUGAAAGCAGUGAUCCUUUUACAUCUUCAGGUAUCUCUUCAAAACGCCCAGAUCCUUUUGGAACGUUAGACCCAUUUGGAAGUGGUGCCUUUAAUAGUAAUGAUGGUUUUGCAGAUUUUAGCCAGAUGUCAAAGCCUACAGCUUCAGACCCUUUCACCUCCUCUUUUGGAGGGAUGGGAUUCUCAGAUGACCCUUUUAAAAGUAAGCCAGACACUCCCGCUCUACCACCGAAGAAAAAUGUUCCUCCACGGCCCAAGCCACCUAGUGACUACCUCAAUGUGCUGUUACCCCAAGGGUGGACCUUUGACUUGACUGGGGAGAGAAACACAGACCAACAAGACAAGUGGCAAGCAUUAAGACAGAAAACACAAUACAGGAAGAGGUGAUCUCAUUGCCAUCCUCAGUGCUGUAUUUUUUCUUUUGGUUAGUUUUCAUGGGGUACAUGCUAUUGACCAGAAUGUCUGUUUACUCUUUCUUUUUUUUAGAAAUGUCUGAAUUAACUAAUUCCAAAUGUAAAGGGGCUAUGUAAAAGGAAUGAGUCAAAUAGAUAAUACUGAUGAGGUAUAUUUAGUGUUUCUUUCAUGUGGUUUCUUUCUGUACUUUUCUUGCUUAAACUUGAUGAAUUCUAGCAAAUAUAUCAUAAUACAUAAGUAACUUCUUACGCAUCUGUGUCCCCGUUUAUGGGAGAGGAGGUUUUGAGGAGCCAGGUGUGCUCAUAAAAUAGACAAUGGAGGAAAUAUAGUUGCUCUUUUAAAAAGCAAAUGAGCCUCGGGUGCUGAUGUGCAGUUGUACUCCUCCCUUCCUUCCACACUAUAGCAAUCAUCAGUGGUUACUUAAAACUUGAAAAAAAUUACAUAGUAGUAUUCUGUGAUGCUUGUGAGAGAUACAAAUGAGUGUUAGUGAUGGAAACCCUGUUCAAAAAGCAAAUAACAGAAGAGAAACUUCCGUUGUUUCUUACCUUGCUCGUUAGUCCAUUUAAUUAAAAAACAAGUAUGUGGUAAACAUCUUUCAAAGAGAACAGAUGCCUGAUCAGAUGCAUCCAAAACUUGCCCUUUUUACUGCCAGUUUACUCUCUUCCUUUGUAAUGUAGCUGACAAGAAAAUAUGGAAUUGUUUUAGUGUAUCUUUUAUCCUUUCAUAAGUGAGGGGAAAUAAAUCGCUAACAAAAGAAAUCUUUCAAUUAAAGACUGCCAUGAAGAUUCUAACCCCUUGAUCUAAGCUGAUUUCUGUAAAAUGACUGGCUUGUCCCAGAUUCAAGUCUGCAGGCAUGGGAAGAUGUGCUUUUUUCAUGAUACUCCUGCAAAGAUGUGCACUGGAAUGAGGACUCAUCCUAGUGGAGGGUAGACAUGAUAUCACCAUUGCCUUCCUUCAUGACUCUCUCUGAAGAGUCUUGGAUUUUGUUUUGUGGAGCAAAUUCAGGAAAGACCCUGAAUGAAUGCAGAGGAAGUGCUGCUUAGUAUUUGUCUGUAAUGAGUAGGUAAAAAGGGUGUUCAUUAGGAUCUUAGGAAAGUAGGGCUGAUAAUCUAAGUCAUGUAGUCCAGCCCUCUGCUCAAGUCAGGAUCAUCCCUGUCUAAGCCAUCCCAGCCAAGCGUCUGUCCAACCUGCUCUUAGAAAAUUUCAAGGAUGGAGAUUCUUCCACUUCUCUAGUUAGGCUGUUCCAGUGUUUGAUCUUGUUCAUUGUCAGAAAGUUCCUCCUGACCGCAAACCUAAAUUUCCUCUGCUGAAGCUUGAGUCCCUUGCUUGUAGUUCUCUCCCAUAUGGCCACAGAGAAAAGCCCAGCUCCAUCCUCUCUGUAAUCACCCUUCAGGUACUUGAAGACUGUUAUCAAAUCCUAUCUCUUCCCCCCCCCCCCCCCCUCCUCCAUUUUCUCUUCUCCAGACUAAGUAACUUUAACUCUUUCAGCCUUUCCUCUUAAGUUGUGCUUUCCAUUAAUUUUGUAUUGCUCUCCACCGGACUCUUUCUAAGCUGUUUACAUCCUUCAUGAAGUGUGGAGCCCAAAACUGGACAAAAUACUCCAGGUGAGACAUCACCCGUGCUGAAUUGAGUGGAAGAAUCACUCCCCUGAUUUGCAAGUAACACUCCUGUUGUUACAACCCGCUAUGCCAUUGCCUUUUUUUGUUGUUGCAAUGAGAGCAUACUGUUGUCCUAUUCAGUUUGUGGUCUACUGUAACCCCUAGGUCCUUCUAUACAGUAGUGUAGCCCAGCCAGUCAUUCCCCAGUGUGUGGGGGGGUAAUGUACAUGGAAUUAUUCCAUCCCAAGUGCCAGGCUUUGCACUUGUCCAUAUUGAACUUUAUCUGGUUGAUUGCAGAACAUUUUUCCAGUAUAUCCAGGUCAUUCUGGAUCCUAGCCCUGCCUUCUAGACUAUCUGCAACUCCACCCAACCUGGUGUCAUCUGCAGACUUACUAAGCGUGCACUUAAUGCCAUCAUCCAAAUCAUUAAGACAUGGAACAAUCCUGGACCCAAGACAGAACGUUGGGAACACCCACUUGAUGCCUCCUCCCUACUAGACACGGAGCUACUAAUGACUGUAUAUUGAGCAUGAUGAGCCACCCAGUUAUGUAUCCACCUUCUAGUCUUUUCUUAGCUAGUCCCAGAUUCUCAUGAGUAAAAUGCUUAAAUCCAGUUUUAGAAAAAGAUGCAUGCCCUAUAUAUGCAGGAGGUAUGACCUAAGCCUCGAUCACAAUGGUCCUUUCUGCCCUUAGAAUUCCUUAUAACAACUUUUUGUGCCUGGACUGGCUGGUUGGUUCAGAAUCUUGAAUGAUGCAUUGUGCCUCCCCCCUUCAUCUCACUUCUGAUUAACCUAUUGUUGCAAGCUUACAUUCAGACAGGGCACUUUAGAUAUCUCUGGACAGUGCCAGCGUAUGGACUUGCUAGCUCUCUUGCUGGAGUCUCGAUAAUGUAAAGCAGCCCUAGACAGAGAUGCACAAACUAGCUCUGCACACAGUAGCUCCAGAACUGGAAAUAGUGUAGCUGCAUUAUUCACCUCAGCCCAGUGCAGCAUGACACACUGCCUCUCAGAUAUUGUGCCCAAGCUUAACAUCUCUCAUUACAAUGUGCAAAUGUGUGUCUGUAGUCAAGACUGUGCUCAUUGUUAUGUGAUAGAUAAUAAAUUACUGUGAUACUUUUGGAAAUUUGGAAAUUACCAUGAUGCCUUUUGAGAGCAGUCUGAAUUAUACUGUAAUGUUAUAUUUUGUAAUUUACACAUGCACUUAAUUUUUUAAUCUCCUGCUGUAAGUAGCUCUUUGUAGCUUUCAAUAUUAAUGAACUUUAAGGUUUUGCGUAUGUCUUACACUAGUAAUUAGGUUCUGUAGAGCUUGUGUGUACUUAAAGGUGGGGAGGGAGAUGAUGAUCCACUGAAACCUGUCAGUUAAAAUCUGCAGUUCGAAGGUUCUCACACAUUAAGAAUGACAUGUUUUCUGCAAUAAGCUGCAGAUUGAAAUCAGUCAGAGUUCACCGCUAACUAGUUUCUAGGUAAAAGUUGUUGAUUGCAAAAAAGAGAGAAACAGAUUUUUUUUUAAAGUACAGGAAGUUGCUGUGUGGGUGUCAGUGAUUGGACUAUAAGUAAAACUCAGUACUCUAGUGCUUUGAUCGUGGGACCUGCUGCAUUUGCCCCACCCUUACCCACUUCCUUUAAAUGCAGCACCAUGCAUUCCACAUUGCGGUUUUAACAGUACUGCUAACCAGUGAUAUUAGUGGAAGAACCUUCACCACUAACCAGUGUGUAACCUUCAACCUCUUCUGAAAUUUUAUUGCUCAUUUGUAGCGGUUUUGACCUUUUUAACCUUGACAGAAUAUAAAAAUCCUAAACUUUUGAAACAAAGAUAUAAUUUCCUACUCAGAAAUGGUCUUCAGCUGUUUGUAAAUAGUAGAUGUGUCCUGCAGUUUCAGUUAACACUUUGAUAAUUUUGCCAAGUUUCUGAUUGUAGCUUACUCACAUUGGUAAAUGUAAUAUUGGAAUUAAAUGCCGUGUCUCUGACUAUUCUAGUCAUAUCUGCUAAUCACUGAUUUCUACAGUGCUACUGUCCUUAUUUUUAAUAUGCAGCAAUUUUAUGUGUUUCAUUGGAACAGGAACAAAGUAAUAAUUUGUUGGAAAAUAAUCAGAAAAUGUUUUUAAAUAAAUGUGUUAAGCGUAUUUGAUAUUAAUUAUUAAUUGCUUGACUGCUAUUAAAAUCUGGAGGUAUAUUUAAAUGAGGACAUUUUGGUAUUCUGAGCUGGUUGAUGCAGUGCAUUUUACAUUUAUAUGAUGCACAUCUGUAAUUUUAGAUUUUGCCAAACAUAUUCAGAGAAAUCUAGCUAAUGCUUUAGUGCGUUUUGCCAUUUAAUACCUAUAGCUCAUGUCUAUCAUGGAAACCAACUUUAUAAAUUGGCAUCUCAGAGGUUAGUGGUUAACGCCUCUGCUUUGAGUUAAGGACUUCAAUUCCGUUCCCACGUUGUUUUUAUAAUUGGUCAUAUUUUUCACUUGUCAAAAUAUCACAAGAAAUCUUAAGACAGAUAGCCAUAACUUCACCAGCCUUCCUUAAAUCUAGCAUGACCCAGAACCUUCUGCAGAAUGAGCUUGCAGGCAGCCCCACUUACAGUAAGAGCAUUCAGUGCAAUUAGUUAGGUCUGCACUGAGCCAUUUCUUGUGGAUUAGAAGCUAUGCUAAUUAUUGUAUUUACAACAGAUUGAUCCGUAUGGAGCAUUUUGAUAUUUUGUCAGAACGGAAAUGUUAAAUAGAUCUUACCCUUUUAAAUCUCUAAAAUUCUAAUUGUUUAAGAGUUUUCUCUUACUGACAGUAAAGUCAAUGAGGGCUGCCUGCAUCAGGCCCUGUGUGACCUUUUCCUCACCUCCCCAGUUGGCAGAUAAAUGCAGAUGGUAUCAGAAGUGUGUGAUGUGUAAAAAAAGGAAAAAAAAAGGUUGAGACUUUCAAAUUAAACUUAAACAAUAUUUUUAUCAGAUGAAUCUGCAAAAUCUUAAAUUCUUAUGCGGUAAUCCACCGUAUGCAGAAAUGCUCUGGUUCUGGAUUAGUGGGGCUUUUUUUAUCCAUCAGUUUCCCACUAGUAAAGAUGCGGGAACAGGUAACUGACCAGGGACUUGGAGAUUAGCUGUCUCUCUUAUGGUUCAGUUCCCUGGCUUCACGGCCCUAGAGAAGUUAAAAUAGAGGCAUUUGUCCUCUAGCCUGCUUCCAGGUAUGAACACAUAUAAGAAGAAAUAUCAGGGCAGAUUGACUUUAAAGAUAUAGUGUAAAUAGAUUAAUUAGAUAGAAGUAUAUUACUAUUCAGGUGCGAAUAUGUCAGGGUCAUCUAGAUCCUGUUUACUCUCUUCUUUAUUUGCAGCUUCCAAAUAUAUCUAUUUUUCAUGUAUCACUUCUCUAAGUUUAAGCUAUUUUAUGGUUUGCAUAUUUACAUUUGCUGAAUUCUUUUUAGAUCUGUGCAAAUAGCACAGAAGUCAGCAUAGAAAGGGACAAGAAUGUCGGAUCAUCUCUGUGUCUUGUGUUUGCUUGUUCUCUGUUUCUCUGAACUGCAUGGAAUCAGGACAUUAUUGAUUUUGUUCAAUUUCUUGGUAAAGUACUUUAAAUCAAGCUUCAAUGCUGUAUAUUCAUACAAGGAUUAGACAGUAUUCUUUAAAUACUAGGAAUAUUUUAAAUUUAAAACCAUACCUGAAUUCAUAUUGCAGUUUUAUAACCUAUACUAAAUUAUUUGUAGUGUGUACCAUAUGCAGUAUCAGUGAGGUUUUGUGAAAAUAUAAGCAAGCACGUAAUUCUGCGUUAUGAUUUUUUUCAUAUUUAUAUAACAACAGAACAGUAAUUAAAAUAAUCGGGCCAUGUGGUAAAAAUAAAGACUUUUACACUGAGCAAACUGAUUAACAAUUUCUGAUUAAGCUACAGGAGUUACUUCUUUGAGAGGCAGGGAGAAUAUCAAUAGUGUAUUGCUUAAUUAUAUAUUUGACUAAAAAAUGUGGAAGAGGGAUGUUUCCACGUAGGUAUCCUGGUUCUGCAGUGUGUUGGACCAGAAACCAGGCAUACUCAUUGUAGUACGAGUUCCUUCCUGUUCGUGGUCGUGAAGAUGGGUGUCUCAGGGUAUAGAUGCUUAGUGCAAGUACCUACCUAAUCAUUUUUUUCCUUUUCCUGAGCUCUGAACGAGGAAGGCUCAGCACCAGAGCUUGGGACUAAUGGGAAGACAUCUGUUCGUGACUUCCCGAAGACCCAAGAGUUGCAUUAGAAUACAGGCAUCCCUUGUUGCGAAGGAUAAAUGACUCAUGGGUGGAGCACCUAGCCCAGCCCCAAACUAAAAAUUCCAUUCAUGUUUUGAUUGCUGUUAUGCUGAUCUCUCACACUGAAGGUGACAUUUCAGAAGUCAGACAUUCAGUGAUGAAUCAGAUUGCUUAGAAGGCAAUUCCUAUUCACCUUUUUCCUCAUUAAAACACAUUGAAAUAGAAGAAGAAACUGCUUGUAUUUAUGGUGGUAUAAUUGGUGCCAUUUUGACAUUUGUUCAAAAGUUCAUAAUUUUCUGAAAAUUUCAUUUUUUCCAGCUAAAGCUUUUCAGACUUGAUAUCUAUCCAAAUGUGAGUGUCUUUAGGAAAGAUUAAGCAAAAAGUGCUCAGCCAUUUUUUUUUAGUACAAGAGUGGGGAAAAUAUAAUUGUCUUCAUUGCAAAAAAAUCUUAUGACCUUUUGCAAAUAGCUCUACCAAUAUUUACAGUUGGAAUAGAAAUAGUCCUUGCUGAGAAGAAAUGCCUAAGAGAACUAGUUGUGAUUUUACUAAAUUACAAGUAGAACUGCUUUUUCUAUAAGUCUGUAAAGUAGAUUGCUAAGGAAAGAUGCAUUCUGAAUCUAGAAGACAGACUGAUAACUGAACUGCACAGUGAAAAACGUACAAGAUGAUAAAGUGGUGUGCUGUGAGCUUACAUCCUCUGCAGUCCCCGAGGUUUGCAGGAGUAGGGUUUACUUUCACAUAGCUGAAGUACCAGGUGCAGGAACCUGGUAUUGCCUAUCCAUAUAUUGACCAAAUUAUGGUCAACACACUACCAUCAUUUUUUCUUGAAAGCCAGAAGUCUGAAGUCACGUAUAGCUGAAUUUCUGCUUCUUUUCUUUUUUAUUUACCUGCCUGUUAUAUAUUUCCUAGCCAUAAACGUUCCCUGCAAACAACUGCUUUAAGAACAUCUAAGGUUGGACAGACCAGCACAUAAAGAUGUCUGUAUUAAAGUUUUAAAGUUGAGAGAGGUAACCACCUCUCUAAACAGCCAUGUUAGUCAGAAAUCAGUCAGAAGGGAAGGUAAAUGUGCACCUUUGUAGACUAACUAACUAAAAUAUAUGUCGAGGGAGAGUACACAGGUUUUCAUGACUGUUUAAUCUUUGCUCUCAUGUGUACUUGUAACAGCAGUCUUUAUGUAACCGCAUGCUGCAUUUCUCUUAUAAUAUACUACAAUAUCAUGCUGCCUCCCCAGUGACUGUUCUGGUCAUCCUAUAAACAGGUAAUACAGUAGUAGAAAAGAUUUAAAAAAUAAUAAUAAAACAAAACACAUCUUCAUUGUAAAUUCAUUGCUGUUCUGUGCCACUCCUACUUUAGGUAGCCAUAUUCCAGCACAGCACCCUACACGAAUACCUUCUGUAUAAACUACUGAGAAUAAAUGUGUUACUUGCUCUUCAGUGUUUUCUUUAAACAGACACCCAGAUCUCUUGUUCUAAACCUAUUCCUGGGGUAUGAAAUUAGAUAAACGCUUAGUAUGGGUGGAGUUCAUUACAAAUUAACAGCAUUUGCUGUGGUAAACCAUUUUGUUCAUCAUCUUUUUGCUGAAGUGAGUCCUCGGUGUGGUUUGUGUACACCACUUCGGUAACUGCUGAAACUGCUGUGGUUUCAGAACAGGACCUGUUUUGCUUUAUCUAAAACUUUUGUUCCUGAAACUAUUAGCAAAAAGAACUGAAAUGAGAGAGGACUGCAAAUAUCUAUCUGAAUUUCCCUGCUUCCAAACGUGGAAAUGUUUUAAGGUGUAAAAUUUCAUUGUAAACCUGCAAAUUUUCAGUCUCCAAGGAAUGAAAGCUGAAACUGAUUUGGUUCCCUAAUUAUUAAUGAGCUAAUUAGUUUUACUGCUGGGUAAUCAGUGUCCUUUAAUUUUGCUGGCAGUUGUAGGGGAGUGUUAGGUUAAAGAACUUGCUUCUCAUGCCAUUUCAAGUCCCUGUAAUUUAAAAAAUGCACAUCCAAAGAUUCAUCUCUAGAGGCAAAAACAUUACUUCAGUAGGGGGUUGCUGUAGGUGCAAGUCAGUGAAGAAUUUAGUACACAGUGUCCAGUAGAAUACAGUAUUGCCAAGGAGAGGACUGAGGUGCCCAGAUGACUGAAUUGUAGCCAAUAAACUAGUAAAUUGUUUGAGACUUAACCAAGAAAGUAUGUUGGCCUUCAGACCCAAAUAGUAUUAGCUUGUGAGCCCCUGAGUAGUGUUCAGCUAAUUAUGGUGUUUUCUUGUGCAAGAAGGGCCUCUGCUGUGGCUCCCAUAAUCUGUGAUGGUCACUGACAUUGGCCCAUCUAAGGCAGGCAUAGCUCAUAAAAAAGGACUUUGCCUAGUAGAAAUGGGCCUUCUCCAGUUUAGCUUCAAAAUAAAUACCAAAUUAAAACCUUCUUAACAUCUGAUUUUAGAAUAUAAAAGCUGAACAUAAAAUGAAAUUUGAAGACUUAGAAGUUAACACUACUUUUACAGUAUUCACUGUGACAUUUCCUUUGCAGCAAAUUUGUGUUUUUUUGUGUUGUUUUCUGAAGGUGAAGCAUCAGAAACCCCAGUGCUCUUUGCACAUGCUCUAAAACCACCAGGGGCUUCAUGCAAAACAUUAAAACAGGCAACCUAGGGGAAAAAAAAGAUUGCUGAGCAAAUAAGUUGCAAGACCUGGGUUCUCAUUAACAGUCACUGAUUCCACACAGUGGUUUCAGCAACUGAAAAUCUAACAAUUUAAGACAGCUUAAAACAGAACAACUUCCCUCUUUACAAAUCUGCCCGGUGGUGAGCUUUGGUGCUAGAAACUAUAGGGCCAAGUUCUGUUCUUUGACAUUAGUGGAGCUUACGAGUCUAACCAAGAUGACAGUUUGGUCGACUAAUACACAGUAGGUGUAGUUAGAGAGCAAUUUUUAAAAUAUAUUUAAGAGGAAUUGUUCAAGACAGCCCAGUUAUAAAAUUAAGAAUAGAGAUAUUCCAAUUUUAUUCAUAAUCAAAAUACUUAAUUAAAAAAAAAUUAAUUGUGUGGUAAGUACUCAGAGUUGUUGGUUGUAGCCGUGUUGGAGAUAGGCAGGCUUUGGGUAGAUGUGAUAUCUUUUAUUAGACCAACUAAAUAGUUGGAGAAAAGUUCUUUGCAAGGUUUUGGGCACAAACACCCUUCCUCGGGCAUAGGGAGACUCUAGUCUGCAUUUGUCUGUAAAACCUGGACUGUUAGGUGGGGGUUGGUUAUUAGGCAUUGCUACUUGUUUUGGUUUUUUUAUUUCUUUACAGUAAUGCUUCAUAUGUUGAGAGCUCUGUAUCUUUUAACAAAUUGACUGAGGUGGAUAUGAGAGAUUGAAACUUGCCAGGGCUAAGAAUUGCAUGUAUUAUGUAGCACUCUGUUUUCACAAUAUAAGCAAUAUGGUGGUAAUAAGGGGUCAGAAAGUAACCUCAAGACUGCAUGAAAGAUGUUGCAUACUAUAAGUUAAAGCAAAUUCUGCUAUUUCCUGUGUAUUUUAUAUCAUUUACUUCCAAAAAAGGACAAACAACUGGUCUAACAUCUCUUGUUACAUUGAUGUAUAUAAUUGUGAUUCACUGCUAAUUGUGCUAACCUGAAGUGCAACAUAAGGCAUGUAUAGAAAUUACCGCAGAUACACUUCCUCAAGUAAGGCAGAACAUGCAACUCCAUUCAUUGGUGCGUAAUUGGAGAUAACGGCAGGAGAUUUGUGUUCCUUUUUUAAUGUCAGCUUGGACUUGCUGAGAAGUGAUUGUACAUAGUUUUCAAAUACAGGUGAGCAGUUUAUUUGAUUUGUAGUUAAGUAGUGGAUAUUACUCCAUUCAGUGAAGAGAUUGUCAUUGUUCAACACAGCCAAACAUUGGUAUUUUUCCCAGCCUAAAAGAGAGAGACAAACCAUUUAAAUGAACGCAUUUCCCUUCAUGUGCAUAUACAUCAGUAAUAGCCUCCCAUCACCGUCAAUGACUUUUUUGUAGUCUCUGCUUUUGCAUAAAGGUGUUUGUAACAUUUUUUCUUGCUUUCACAUAUCUCAACUGACUUUCUGACCAUUUGAAUGUAUUGUAAGCUGCAUAGAGCAGGGGAAUAUGCUAUUUGAAAAGAUUUGGUGAUUUCUGAAAUAAAUUAACACUGAAGUGCAUUAUUUAAAAAAACUGCAGAAAAAAAACUGCAGAAACUUCCUCAGCCUGACGAAAGGUUUUUAAACCCAAAAGCUUGCUUAAAAUGUUUUUUUUUUUUUCCAUCUACUUAAGUUGGUCUAAUAAAAGAUAUCAGAUUCA